AUGACCCUGGCUGCCAGGGAUACCAUUCGAACCGAUACUGUAACCGACAGCCGCUCUGUGGCAACUGCAGCAGGCCCUCAGGCUCCCAUGAGACCUGGCCCUGCACAGCUAGACCGAACAAGGCCCCUGGUGGUGAACAGCUCCCCUACCCUUCCAGGUCGGAAGGAACUCUCCCGGAUCCGAAAGGCUGGACAGAAGGCCUACGAGGCCCUCUAUCAGAGCAGCCAGGCAGGUAGCCAAGCCACCUGCAACCAGCAGCCUAGCAGCAGCCUGACAAGCCCUCAGCCUGGCUCGAAGCGACCACGCGCCCCUACCCCUACCCAGGACUCAAUUAUUGUAGCGGACGUUAGCGAUACAGCAAGCUCUAGCAGUAUGGAUGAGGAUGAGAAUGAGGCUGAAGCAGAAGUCUCUGAUAACAACCCUAUCCUACCACCACUACCCACCCAGCAUAUCCCAGCUGCCUCAAGCAGCAGGGCCCAGCGGGUAGCUCAGAAGCCUGACUAUAACGUUGUUAAUGCCUACACCCACCUCGACCUCGACUCAGAGCACAGAGACAUAAGGCCUAGGGUUAUGACCUAUAUACGGAAGAGUCUAAGGCUACAAAUACAGCAACAAAGACCAACCCAAUCAAGGGACAUCCUAUGGAUCAAGGCUGGCGAUGUUACUAUUAUGAACAUCUACAGGCCACCAGGUGAACCUGCAAACCAUACAACAACAAACAUCCUCCUAAACUAUCGACCGCCAGAAAGAGCCCUUAUUGCUGGGGAUCUCAAUGCCCGCCACUCUUCUUGGGAACCUGGCUCUCUAAGCCGGAAUCAAGGGGAUGAUAUCGCAGAAUGGGCUGAAGGGGGUAAUCUUGAGUUUAUUGGGGAAGUUGGGGCCUCUACCCAUACUCACAGGCAUACACUCGACCUUACCUUCUCAAAUAUCCCCUUCGCAGAGGCCUAUAUCAGCCCACACCUACAUCCGGGGGCUGACCACCAGGCUAUUACAACUAUUAUCCCACUAGGCAAGAUCCAGGAGCAGAGACGCCAGACUGGUCACCUCUCAGUCCCAGACUCAGCCCUCCUUCGACUUGCUGAUUUGGUAAAGAUGGGGAUCCCAGCCCUACCCACCUUAGGGGAUACACCUACUCCAGCAGAAAUAGAUACCCUAGCUACCCAACUAGUCAGCCUCCUCUCUACAGCUACUCAGGCUGUAGGAAAGAGACGGAAUAACCAGGGCAGGGGAGCCCCCUGGUGGACAGAGGUGUGUUCAGAGGCCCACCAUGCAGCUAUUAAGGCUAGACAACGACAAGCCCAGGAACCUGGGCUUGUCUUACCGCCGCCUAUCCUUGAGGAGCAGAAGGCCUUUCUGACCACAGUUAGGAAGGCAAAACGUGCCUACUGGGCUACUAAGAUUAAGGAGGCUAGGUCUAACCAGAACCUAUAUCAGAUACUAAGCUGGCGUAAGUCUGGUCUAGCUGUAAGGGCCCCGCCUCUUAUAGUAGAUGGACAGGUAAUCAACAACUCCUAUGAUAAAGCCCAAGCCUUACGGAAGGCCCUACUAGAGAGAUUUGACGCUACAGACGACUUCCAUGGGAACCUAUUUGCUAUUCCUAUAGUUCCAAGGCGUCUAAUACCCUGGCAGCAGAUAGUCAACAUUGAGGAAGUACGCCAGGCAACUCUCACAAAGGCUACAACCCCUGGGAUUGAUGGGAUUACUACAAAGUUACUACAAUCCAUUUGGGGCCUGAUAGGUGUUCCUAUACAGCAGCUCUUUCAGGCCUGCGUUCAGAUAGGCUACUUCCCUAGGACCUUCCGCAAAGCAGAGGUAGUUAUGAUCCAGAAGCCGGGAAAAUCAGACUUCUCAAAGGUGGGAUCUUGGCGUCCAAUAGCCCUCUUAUCCUGCUUAGGCAAGGGCUUAGAGCGGCUGAUAGCAAAGAGGAUGGCAUACCUUACUAUUUUGGAAGGGGUUGCCAGCCCACAGCAGGUUGGGGCAUUACCAGGGAGGGCUGCAGUCGACCUGACAACCUGCCUAGCCCAUGAGAUCGAGAGAGCUCUGGACUUAGGACUCACUGCCACCCUGGCAACAAUGGAUGUUAAGGGGGCGUUUGAUUCCGUGCUGCGAAACCGACUUAUCCUUAGGCUACGACAGCAGGGCUGGCCUAGUAGUCUGAUUAGGCUGAUCUUCACCUUCACGUUGAGUCGCACAGCUCGAGUUAGGCUCGAGGACACUACUACAGAGGACUUUCCCCUAUCCUGUGGGCUGCCACAAGGCUCCCCGCUAUCCCCUAUACUCUUUCUGCUGUAUAUAGCAGACAUCCUAGCUGACGAUCAGAAGCUACGGUUUGGCUAUGCGGAUGAUAUAGGCCUGCUGGCUACUAGCCCUUCCCUGGAGGGAAACACUGCAGCCCUUGGCCAGGAGAUAACUCGGAUCCUCAACUGGGGCACUGAUAAUAAGGUUGCGUUCGACCCAGCUAAGUGUGAAGCAAUCCACUUUAGCAGGAAACAUAACCAGACAAGAGAUCUACCAGACAUACAAGCAAGAGACCUAACUAUUAAGGCCUCAACUAAGCCUAUACGUUGGCUAGGGGUCUGGUUCGACAAAAGACUUACCUUCCGGCACCACGUCGAUAUAAAGGUAGCAGCAGCAAGGAAGGCAGCCCAGUUCCUACAGCACCUGUCAAACACCAAAGGGGGGCUCCCAGCUGCUGCUGCCCGCCAAGCUGUUAUUGCCUGUGUCCUCCCAACAGCCCUGUAUGGAGCUGAGACCUGGUAUGCAGGUUUAAGUAGACCAGCCAGGAACAGUGGCACUACUACCGCUAGCAGCAGUGCUACCAACCAGGUAGCUACUGUCAGUACAGGACAGAAGGGCCUGGUUAAGAGUGUUGGAAAGGUUAUCACAGCAGCAGCAAGGGCUAUCCUGCCUGUCUGGAGGACCACCCCAACCAGCAGCCUUCUCCGAGAUGCUGGCCUGCCUACAGCAAAAGUAGCUCUUGAGGCAGCACGCUUAUGCUUUGCCACGCGCCUACAGAAGGUUGACCAACAGCACCCCUUAGUCCCUAGGCUUUCACAGCUAGGACGGCAGCAAACAAGGUUACAAAGAACAGCAGCCCUCCUACCGAAAUGCUCAAGGCCGUUGCUCCUACAGCCACAGCAUCUCUCGGGAUCACAAGACCCUACAGCUAGCCAGAGCAAGGAGAAGGCAGCUAAAGCGUUUCAGGACUGUGUUAAGACUGUGCCAGAUAACCACACAAUUAUCUACUCAGACGGCUCUAAAGCCCCUGAUGGGGCUACAGGGUUCGGCUUUGUCAUCUACCGCGGCAAUAAACGGAUAGCCCAAGGGUGUGGCCGUCUCAGCAUUGCAGAAGUAUUCGAUGGCGAGGCAGAGGGGGCGAGGGCAGGGCUCCAAAGGGCCCUCCUUACCUCCCAAGGCCAGCCUAUACACAUCUGUAUUGAUAACACCAGCGUCAUCCAGGGGAUACGCGGCAACAUCCCGGACUCCUCACAAGCUGCCUUCUUAGAGAUUCAGGCAGCAGCCAGGAUACACAACAUACAAACCCAUUGGUCUCCAGGGCACCAAGGUAUCAGAGGAAACGAGGAAGCAGAUAACCUAGCUAAGGAGGGCACAACCCUGCCAGUCCCUAGGGGCCUACUGCCGACCCUAUCAGGGAUUAGGCGGCUUGCUAAAGAACGUAAACAACGCCAGCAUAGGAAAUGGUGGAAGCGAGAGGCAACCCCCCGGUAUACCCAGCUAGGGCUUAAGGCCACCCUUGGCUGCCCUCCUGAAUUAGCCCUACCAAGAGCUAUCCUUCAUCAUCUCCUAGCAGCUCGAUCAGGCCACGGGGACUUUGAACAGUAUCAUCAACGCUUUAACCACACAGAAGCACUACUCACCUGCUCCUGCGGAGAAGCUAAGGAGGUGGACCACCUGGUCUACUGCCGAAAGACGCUAGUGAGGAGGCAACGGUGGCCCACCCUUCACCCUUAUAGUCGACGGGAGCCUCUAGGACCUAUGGGUUCUCUAGAGCGUUACUUUAAGGGGCUAAUCAUCGACUCAGAAGGCUUCCAGGCUUUCAUCAGCGUGACAGACUUCUUCCAGAAGAUCUGCCCGCGGUACUGA